CAACAAUUACAUGAGUCGAUGGUCGCAUAAAUCAACAUUAUAUCCUGCAGCAAAUCGSAGGCUACCUCAACAUUUCCUCUCAAUUUGGCGRUAAAUAGCGGCUCGAGUCUCUCAAAUCUCGUUGCAGUAUUGACACUARCUUUCUGUCUAAUCUAAUAUGGAGUUUGACUCAGAUUAUGCAUCAGAGGUUUUUCAGAUGACUGAGGAUCUCAGAACUUCAAACUUCAACUCCCUUCGAAGUGACGUCCAGGACAUCAAGGAAAUGAUCCGUAAGCUUUACAAGCAAGUCGACAAUUACGACGCCAAGAGAGUCGAGCUGCAAAGUGACUUUGAGAACCUCAGAAAAGCAAACAAAGAUUUCUCAUUGAAAGUCAAAGAUCUCCACGACAUUUUGAAAAACCCUCCCCAUGUUCGCGUCUUCUCGGAAACGUCAAGUCCCAACAAGUACAUCGAAAGAUUAGACACUCGCAGCUACACGUAUGGCGGAUCUGGAAGAAGCUCGAGAUCUUCAAGCAUUAGGAAUGAUCGAGGCUCCGCGUAYGAUGAUUAUGAUGAUGACGAUUACCUGUCCGACGAAAAUUACGAUGAACGGACAUUUACCAAAAGUGCUGAAAAUUUUGAAAUCGAGGACACGUCCGACGCUUGAUGUCAUGUGACCUCCACUUGAGGACUCAUGGAACUUUUGCGUAGGUCUUUUCACAUUGCAACCACUUCUGCAUAAGAGUCAUACAUCGGUUCUUUUUAUUUGYACCACAGCGAAUACCACUUCAAGGAUUAUACGUAUGAGAACAGAAGCUCAAAAUAAUAUUGACCAGAAGUUAGACAGUAGUACGAAAUACAAAAAAACUCGACCAGGAAUAAGGUAGACUGUGGUACAAAUAGAAAGACUACAUACUUUCUUGGCAAAUAGUUCUUAAAUUCAUGAAUAAUCAUUGUCGUGUCACUCAUGGCCCGAUCACUUAUUUGACACGAGUUACAUGAUCAUUAAAGCGCCRUUUGCUUUGCUUUUAUCCAGUGAUUAUCCAUGCRGAAUAUGAAGGUAUACCAGUCACUAGCACUCGUGUUUGAGCAGUGAGUCAAAUUAACUSGAAUCAGGGUUUAACAACUCGGCUAUUCCUCGUUUUUUUCUCUAAAUUCUUGGUGAUUUGACUCACUGAUUAAUCACAUAUAAUCAUUAAAUUAUCCAUAGAAUAUGUCUAAUUCUUGCUCAAAAUAUUUUUCCGAUUUCAAGUAUACAGCUGUUAUUGUGCGACAGUAAGUCACAGAACUGUGCAUAUAGUUAACUUGAACUGUGUAUUAAAUUGUGAGAAAAAAAGGUAUAAUGUAUCUAUAUAGUAGAAUCGACUUGCGCAAUKUAUUGCCCUGUAUAUUGUCGUUAGUCAUAUUCAUCUAAAAUAAUGUCUUCAACGUUAUUUAUGAAUUAAAACGACGUACCAAUAUA